AUGUGUUUUUGCAAAUCAAACCUACAAUUGUUGAAAUCGUCGGUACCCCGGAAGUCUGAAAAGACACCAAUUGUAUUUAAUAACAGAUUGUUAAAUAAGUUGAUAUUCAAAUAUGUUGUUGACAUAUUAAGUUUUAAUAGCAAAAGCAAACUCUUUAGGUGGGACGAACUUGUAAACAGUCCUGCAUUACUUGCAGGCAACAACUAUCUAAAAUUACUCAAAAGAUAUCAUCAAGAAGAAAAUCAGAGUAGUGAUUCAAUGGCAAAAGUUUUAGAGAAUGCAAUCAGAGGUGGGAGUAUGGAGAUGUUUCAAUAUUUGUUGGACCACUACCGGAUGGACCAACGCGCAAAACUACCAAAGGCAUUCGUCGUUCAGAAGCUAAUGAUAGAUUCAUCGGUCUAUCGUAGAGUGGACUUUGUUCAUUAUCUUUUGCAGAGAUAUCAAGAGUUUGCAUGGUCAUACGGAACGAUGAUGCUGCACGUACCGUACUCUGGUGAUAUCGAGCAAUUGAAAUUCUUUUCCGAUCGAUUCAAAUCCAACGAUAUCAACUAUAUGAUUUUCGAGAAAGCAGCUUCAGCCGGACAAGUCGAAAUGAUCAAAUGGUUGGCGACCAAUCGCUCUAAGGGCAUUGAAAAGAGUAAUAUGUUUACCAUUGCUGCAGACAAUGGACAUUUUGAAUUAGUAAAAUUUUUGUACGAGAAUGGUGGUCGUGGUUAUCUGCCAGGUGAUAGCGCAGCUAAAUAUACACUUGAAAUGGUAAAAUGGUUUAACAACACUAAAGGUAGUUAUUUCACAAAUAUGGCAAUGACCAACGCAGCUGAGAACGGUAAGCUCGAUAUUGUAAUAUGGCUCAACGAAAACCGAACAGAACAAUGUCUUCCGAAUACCGUUAACCUGUCGGCGAAUAACGGACACCUCGAAGUAGUGAAAUGGUUCUACGAGAAUAGAACGGAGAGAUUCUCUGGUGAUAUAUUUGAAAUUGUUAAGAAUGGAUAUUUCGAUCUACUCAAAUAUCUUUAUGCUCAGCACUGCAGCGGUGGUGGUGAUGGAAACAAGCUACACUUUGUCGAACAACCUACGGUGGGUGCAGCGAGAUCCGGCCACAUAGAUAUUCUUAAGUGGCUCUAUGAAAAUGGAAUGGAUGGCGGCGGUGGCAGUGGCACCGAAGAAUUGUCUCUCUCCGCAGCGAUAUUCCAGAGUCAAAUCGAGGUUGCCGAAUGGCUAAUCAAAAACAAAGAGAUUAACUUUGAAAAGCUACCAUACAAAAAUUCACAUGGACAGCUAGGUACUAAUUUAACAGAUGGUGAUCAUAAUAAAUUGGUUUAUGAUCAAGAUAACUUUACACCUGUUCCAACAUUAUAUAAAGGUGAAGUCAGGUAUAUUUCAACGGGUGUGUUGCACUCUGGUAUUAUCAAUACCAAUGGAGAGUUGUUUACUUUUGGAAGUGGUAGUUUUUUCAAGUUGGGUAUAGGUAAUUCCGAAGAUUACAAGAUUCCACAGAUUGUUCAUGUAGCUCCAGGCCACAAGGUAUCAAUGGUUGCCUGUGCCAACGAGCAUACAUUGGCACUUGCCAAUGGAAAGAUAUAUUCGUGGGUAAAGGUUGCCAAUCUCUCGGUGGGUGAUCGGCAUAUGGGUGCUGUUGAUACCGACGGCUGGAUUUAUACUUGGGGUUCGAAUGGCGAGUUGCAAUUGGGUAUGGACGGAGGUGACAAGAACACACCGACGAUGAACACAAAGCUGCGAUGUGAAAUUCAACAGAUUGAAUGUGGUGGAACAUUCACCGCUGUCAUAUCAAAGGACGACGAUAACAACAGUCUCUAUGUGUUUGGACAGUUUGCAAACAUCCACGUCAGUUCGACGCCAAAGAAGUUCAUGACUGGCGUCGAGUCGGUGUCGUGCUCACACGACUGCAGCAACAAUCUACUGGCGAUAAAGAAGAACGGUGAGGUUUGGAGUGCUGGUUGGUCGCGUUAUGGACAGGCUGGAACAGUCGAUGAAGUAGCACAGUUUGGAAAGUUGGCAUCGAUCAUAGCCAAGCCUGUAAUGGUUGCAUGCGGGGCCUACCACAGUGCAAUGCUAUUCACCGAUCCCGUGGAGAUUGCAUUCCAAUUGGUUUGGUCGAAUCAUCUGGAAAUGGCGUACAACGUCGCAUCCAAAUAUUACGACAAAGUUUUACUACACUCCAACUCUGACGGUGACAGUUUCUUGCAUAUCAUCGCCAAGAAAAGAAUACAACAACAACCGGAAGUUUUUAAACUAUUUACAUUGAUAAACAAGCUCAAUGGAGCAGGAAGACCUCCCUUCUUUUACAAUGGUUCGCUACUAAAGUGGUAUAAGCUAAAUAUGCCUGAUAUUUACUUUAGAGACAGAGAGGGACAGACUUGUCUGCAUUACUAUUGCAAAAACAACAUGUACGACGACAUUCCUCAUAUAUUGUCGUACUCUGCAUUCGACGAGCGUGUAAGAGACAGUGAAAUGAAACGAGCAUUCGAGUAUAUACCAAAGGACAUUGCAUUCAAGUUGAAGAAACGAUUCGAUAUUGCAGACAUCGGUAUUAUCUAUCACAAACAAAACAAGUCGUUGGCAGAGCGCAUUAAAAAAUCGAUAGAGGAGACACAGAUCACCUGCGAGCUGAUACACGACACUGACAACGUUAAGAAGCGAUGUAUUGGUUAUGUAUUCUUGGUUUCAAAGGUAUCGUUGGAGACAGAGUUCACUCGUGAUCUGCUUGUCAACGUCUUGGUGAAGAGUCCUAUGAUUUCCAUUUGGGCAGAGAAACUGGCCAUCAAAGAUCCGACACUGGAAUCAUGUAUCUAUCGUUCGCAACUCGUAGAUUUCUCACAGGAGGGACUCUACCACGAUUCUCUAUCGACAUUACUCGAGGGUAUUGACAAUCUGAUGCAAUUCAUUCCAAAGGAACAGGCGGAAGCAGAGGAAUCCGACUUGAAGGUGGACAGCGAGUUUGUCAAGAUCUCCGGUGAGGAGUCGAUCUACAUCAGCUACGACACCAGUAAACAACAGCAAUAUUCAGCGCUGUUCAAGUUUCUGGAGCAACAAAAGAUCACUGUCGUCUCGAAGGAACAAGGAUUGCUAUCGAGUUGGGUGGUCGUUGUCAUUAUCAAUUCAAAGGAUUUCUCAGCACAGACAAGAGAUGAGAUCUCUCUAGCAGAGAACAGAAACAAGCCAGUCAUUCCCAUCUACUACGAAGAGGGUAGUCUUGACCAAGGUUCGAUCUACACCUUUGCAAACUCACCAAAACUCAGAUUCGACGACGAGAGUUUCCACCAACUACUUACACUCAUCAAAUUGAACUAUCAUUAUCUUCAUAAUUCUUCAAAGUUAUUCAAUUUAUUAAAACAAUAA